GACACCAACUGUCCUCCUUCAAGUCGUCGCAACUCUGCGUGCACAGCCCUUCGCUUUUACGACUUCAUAGAACAUGAUACCCCUUUAUUACAACAGUUAAUAAUUAGACCUACAUCUCACUCCCUCCUUUGUAACCUGCGAAUCCCGCCUCUACUGCCUUUGCGCCACGCGUGCCGAACACAAGACGCCCCCCGAGAGCACCUUACCUGACGCCCGACUGUGCGCAUCAUCGAACCUCGGCGCCCCUCCUUGUCGGCAUCAUGGCCGUAUCUUCGAUCCAGGACCGGACCAACGAGUUCAGGUCGGUCCUCAGCCAAGUCCAGAAACGCCAGGCCUCGUCGAAAGUCGGAGCACAGAGACAAUCCCUCCUGACCGAUGCACAGAAGGCGGCGAGCGGGAACACCAGUGGAGAUGGGAAGCCUAGGAGGUCUGAAUUUGCGAGGAAGGCGGCUGAGAUUGGAAGAGGGAUAGGAGCAACGAUGGGCAAAUUAGAAACGCUGGCACAGCUGGCCAAACGGAAAACGCUCUUCGACGACCGGCCGGUCGAGAUCAACGAGUUGACCUUCGUAAUCAAGCAAGAUCUCUCAUCUCUCAAUCAGCAAAUCUCCGCCCUACAAGCCCUUACCCGGGCCCAACAUCCCAAAGCAGACCAAGAAGGCGAGCACAAUAAGAAUGUCGUCUUCAUGCUACAAGGCAAGCUUACCGACGUCUCCGCAAACUUCAAGGAUGUCCUCGAGGUGCGCACCAAGAACAUCCAAGCCUCGCGGUCACGCACCGAGAACUUCGUCUCUUCAGUAUCAGCCCACGCCGCCCCGUCCAUGGCCCAAAGCUCGAGUCCGUUAUAUAGCACGCCGACAAACGGGAGUCCGGGACCGGGUCAGGAUCUCCUGAGCUUGAAUCCGGUGGGCGAUCAGCAGCUAUUGAUGAUGGAGGAGGCACAACCACAAAACACAUAUAUCCACCAGAGAGGAGAAGCCAUCGAGGCCAUCGAGAGGACCAUUGCCGAACUCGGUGGCAUCUUUGGACAGUUAGCAACGAUGGUUUCAGAACAGAGCGAGAUGAUCCAACGGAUCGACGCGAAUACCGAGGACGUCGUGGACAACGUGCAGGGCGCCCAGCGCGAGUUAUUAAAGUAUUGGUCGAGGGUCUCUGGCAAUCGCUGGCUGAUUGCCAAGAUGUUCGGCGUACUCAUGAUCUUUUUCUUACUUUGGGUCCUAAUAGCCAAAUAGAACCGUUCAUGGGUUGGCUUUUUCAUGGGAGGUCUGGCUGUUGUAUU